CAGCGGCGGCAGCGCAGCAGACGGCGCAGUGGGCCACCCCCGUGGGCCGCGCGGCAGAAGCAUCAUCAGGAGCUGGAGGAGCAUCAGUGUGUGGCAAGGAGAGGAGAAGGGGACCGUAGUAGUAGUAGUGUGUGUGUGUGUGUGCGCGUGCCGGGGGAGUCGAGCGGCAGGGUCGAUGCGUUGGAGACGGCGAUGUGCGGCCAGCGUAGCCGGCGGUCCUCCGCCUGCUAGUAGCGGAUAGAAACGUGUGCCGGCCGGGGUGCCCCGUCGCAGACAUGGGGCGCGAACCCCGGUCGUCGUCGGCGACGGCGCGGCGUCCGCCGCCGGACCCGUGGAUCACGUCGCUGCUCUGGUGCCGGCUGCUGGCGAUCGCGCUCUUCUCGUUCGGGCCACCAGUGCCGGCGUCUGCCAGGGAGGCAUCGUUUCUGGGCGACGGCUUCGUGUCGCUAGAGCUGGAGGAUGCUCGCGAGAGCACCGACCUGAGCCUGCGCUUCCGCACUGCGCGGCCCGACGGGCUGCUGCUGCUCGCUGCUGGGCCCGACGACUACUGCCUGCUCCAGCUGACCGGGGGUCGGCUGCGGCUGCGGCUCGAGCUGGGCGCCGGGGAGCCGGCGCUGCUCGAGAGCCCCGCGGGCGUGCGGCUCGACGACGGCGCCUGGCACUCGCUGCAGCUGCGCCGGAGGGGCGCGCUGGCGCUGCUCCUCCUGGACGGCGUGCACGAGGCACGCGCCCAGCUGCCGCCGCGGUUCAUCCAGCUGGACAUCAAGUGGGGACUGUUCGCCGGUGGCCUGGGAGACUUCCAGGACCUCUUCCUCGGACACCUGCAGUCCUUCCGAGGGUGCAUGGCUGACGUGACGUUCAACGAGGUCGAGUUGUUCGAGACCGCGGCCGCGUCGUCGGUCGGCGUCGUGUGGGGCGAAUGCAGCGAGGAGUUCUCCGCGAGCCGCGACCAGCCCUUCAGCCUGGUGGAAGCGGACGCCUACCUGGCACUGCCCAAGAUGAACGCGCGCACGGGCGGGUCCCUAGCCAUGGAGGUGCGCACGCAGGCGCCGUUCGCGCUGGUCGCCUACUGCGCCGGGCCGCCUUCCAAGGACGACUUCGUGGCCCUCGAAGUGAUCGACGGACAUCCCAUGGCGUCGCUCAACCAAGGAAACGGGGUAGUGACGCUUCGCAGUGAAGCAUCCGUCAACGAUGGCCGCUGGCACCGACUUAGUCUCCAGUUCGGCUCAUCCCAUGUAGAGCUGAGCGUCGACGGCAGCGCCGAAUCUCUGCGGACGGGCCUUGGCCGCAACCAGUUCUUUGACUUGUCGGGUCCGCUCUUCCUGGGCGGCCUCGACGUGUCCGCGCAGUCGCGCGCCGUGCUGCAGCACGGCCUGCAAUCGGAGACCUCGCUUCGCGGAUGCCUGCGACACACGCGAGUCAACGAUGCACCCACCGGACUUCCAGACGCCCUCGUCACCAGAGGUCUCAAGCCCGACUGCGUCUGGGAGUUUCCAUGCCUUCAGGACCCGUGCGAACCCGGUGCCCGCUGCGUCCAGGAGGGCACCGACGGCUUCAAGUGCCUCUGCGCCACCGCCCCCGCCGCUUCGAAUGGUGCAGUCGGUGGUGGCCGCGUCGACUGUGUUAGAACUAACUUCAGCGGUCCCUACAAGGUGUACGCGUCGUCACUCGACCAGCUGCUCGCGUUGUCCCCGUUGCAUGUGGCCGAAGGUGGCAGCGACCUGGUCACCACCGAGCACAUCCGGCUGCUGGUUGACCACCGUGACCUGGGUGUCAGCGACACUGGCGUGCUCUUCCAUGUGAUGGACGCACCCAAGCACGGCGCCCUCGAGAUCGAAGUGUGGCAUCGUGGCACUCCCGACAAUGUGUUCACGCUGGCAGACCUGUCGACACACAAGGUCCGCUACACGCACGACGGCUCCGAGAACCACAGGGACUCGGCCGUCUUCGAGCUCGAGUUCCGCUCGCGCACGUUCGACCUGCCUGCCGCGCUGAAGGAGCGCAAGCGAUUCGUGCUUCACGUGCUCGUGUCGCCGGUCAACGACGCUCCCAGGGUCAAGGUGUCCCCGGGCAAGCAACUACGGCUCGCCAAAGGCACGCGCAAGGUGCUCUCACCCGACCUUCUGCACGCCGACGACGAGGACACCCAGCCGUCGCAGCUGGUCUAUACGGUGCUCAGCCUCGGAGACGGCGACAAGGACGGCUUCAUGGAGCACGCCGAAAGGCCCGGCGAACCGCUCAGGACCUUCACACAGGAGGACAUUGACCGGCGCCUAGUGAGCUUCGUGCACCGGGGCCGCGAGGCGGAGUCGCACGUGGCGCUCGGGGUGUCGGACAAGGGUGGUGGCGGCGGGUCACCCGGCUCGGACAGCGCGCAGACUGUGGUGUUGCGCGUAGUCACCUUCGAGCUGAGUCUGGCCCUGGUCAACAACACGGGUCUCAUGGUGGCCCGCGGAGGGUGGGCGACCAUCAGCUCCGCCAACCUGUCCGCCGUCACCAACGCCCCCGACCAGAACCUCGAGAUACGCUACGAGGUGACAAGGCCGCCUCGUCGCGGUACCCUGGAGCGACUCAAGAGUACCGGCCGAUGGUCUCCCGUGGGACACUUCAGCCAGCGACACAUCGUGCGCAGCAAGGUCCGAUAUGUGGAUAAGCUCAGAGAUGACCCUCAACCGACGCCGCCGCUUCAGCCGGAGCCGGGCAAAGGCGACACGGCGGUGAACGCGCCCGACGACGACUCCGCGGCCUCUGACAGCUUCCAGUUCUUCAUCACGUGUGCCAGCGCUCGGGCGGGACCCUACGAGUUUCGGCUGUCGUUUGAGAGCGUACAGGCGGUGCACAACGAGCAGCUGACCCUGGAGGGCGUGCUCGAGGGCGUCGUAAGUGCCGCGCACCUCACGUACGCCUCGUGGCCCAAGCCGUCGGCCGCCGACGCCGUGGUCUACACGCUCGAGCAGCCGCCACAGGCUGGUAAUCUGCUGCUCGCGGCUCUGCCGCACGGUGCCGCGGCUCCAGCGCUGCUUGCGGCAGGCAGUCGCUUCACACAGCUGCAGAUCGACCAGGGACUGCUUCGGUACCAGCUCAAGCGGCGCGCACUGACCCGAGUGUCGGACGUGUUCCGCUUUCGGGUGUCCACGGACGGCGGGGCGCAGGCGCGCGACCAGGAGUUCCGCGUGUGCCACAUGCCCAAGGACGCCGUGCUCGUCAGCGAGGAGCUGACCGUCGCCGAAGGGGGUCAGAUGGCGCUCGGAGGGUUGCGGCCGCUGCUGCAGGGCCGCCGGGCGCGCUUCAACGUCACGCGCGCGCCCAGCCACGGCGAGCUACGCCUUCUGGACGCCACCAGCCGAGAGCGCGUUGAGCAGCGCGCCGUGCUCAACUUCACCUCGGAGCAGAUGGAGGCCGGCCGUCUGGUGUACCGGCACGAUGACUCCGAGAACAGCCGCGACGAGUUCGACUUCGUGGCCUAUGAGCAGGGCGAACGACUGCUGUACGGCACAUUCAGGAUCUCGGUGACGAUGCGCAAUGACAACCCGCCGGUGCGCGUGGUCGACCGGGUGUUCCAGGUGGUGGCCGACUCAGAGCGGCCACUCACCUCGCAGGACCUGCGCUACGAGGACGCCGACUCGCCUCCGUCGCAGAUUCAGUACACGCGCCGGGACAUCCCAAACGGAGCCCUGUUUCACGCCGAUAACAUGGCGAGCCAGGUGUACCGCUUCACGCAGGCCGACCUUGACAGCGGAAAGAUAAUUUUCCGGCACAGUGGCGCACCAUCAGCCCGCGCCGUACUUUGGGUGACAGACGGACAGUACUACGCAUCCGGGGUGCUCGAGAUACGUGCCUCCAAGCCGUUCGUUAGGGUGGCAGUCAACACGGGACUAGUAGUGCGGCGUGGCGACGCAGCGCCCCUGAGUUCGGCCAACCUGUCUGCAGAGACGAACCUGCGCGCAGGAGCGGGAGCCAUCACCUACAAGGUCACCUCGCACCCUCGUCGCGGUCUGCUUAUGGUUGGAGGCGCCGAGGCCCGGCAGUUCGGCCAGACUGACCUCGAUGCUCAGGCCGUAGAGUACGAGAGCGUGGACGGCGGUCAGGACUCGGCGCCUGCUGCCGCUUACCAGGACUCGUUCGGGUUCGUGGCCUUCCUCGGAGACACCACGUCGGCGCCGGCCAACUUUCGGCUCACGGUGUACCCGGACAGCUUCUGGGAGCCCCUGGAGGUGUUGCGCAAUGCAACGUUGUUCGUCGACCAUGGUGACAUCGCAGUCUUGAACUCGUCGACCCUGCUUGUCAGGCACCAGGCAAUGGAGCCAGUGAACAUCACAUUCAACGUCGUCCAGACACCGCUCUCCGGGCGGAUCCUGUUGGGCGAAUAUGCCGCCAGUUCGUUCACGCAGGCUGAUGUGAACGCGGGAAGCGUGCGGUACCAGCACACCGGUAAUGCGAGCGAAGACAGCGUGGGGCUGGAGGUGUCCAACGGCAUCGCGUCCCACGAUCGACUGGAUCUUUCGAUUCGCGUGGUGCCUCAGGUCAUCCUACUCGAGACGGGCAAUGUGAGCGUGCAAGAAGGCGGCCAAGCUAUUUUGGACGCAUCGCACAUCAGUGCCGGACCCUUACGUGAACUUCUCCCGCAACUUCUGGUCAUCGAACCCCCGCAGCAUGGCCGCCUUUCAUCGACGGCCUUCUCUCCGGAGCAGCUGGACGCUGGGGAGCUCAAGUACCAGCACGAUGGCAGUGAGACACUGAGGGACUGGUUCACUGUGGUGGCCCGAGGCGCGGGUCGGGAGAGCUUGCCCGGCACGGUGCACGUGUCUAUACAGCCUGUCAAUGAUGAGGCCCCUUACAUCGGCAAUAACACUGGCCUGGACCUGUGGGAAGGCGCCGUGGCACCCAUCUCAGCCACACACCUGGCGGCCCUCGACGAUGACUCGGAGGCGUCCCAGCUGCGGUUCCACAUCUCCACACCCAGCAACGGUUACGUGGCCCUAAAGAACGACACGAAGACCCCGUUGUUGUCGUUCACCCAAGACCAGCUCAACCGCGGACUGGUCGUCUUUGUGCACACCGGUUCACCCGCUGGGGGUUUCAAGUUCCAAGUGACAGACGGUCUCAAUCAAGGUUCACCGCACGUGUUCACGGUGAACGCACGGUCGCUUAAGAUUCGCUUGGAGCACAACAAGACGCUCAGUGUUCUUCCGGGAAGCCAGCAGUCAAUCACUCGCGACCACCUCCUAGCCCGUGCUGGAGAUCACACCCGCGACGUAUCUUUCGUCGUCGUUCGCACACCACGCCUCGGCAGACUCUUACGUGAAAACCCCAGCGAUGGGACCCUGGCCCAGCUCAGUCGAUUCACACAGGCGGAUAUCGACAAUUACUUGGUUCUGUACGAACACAGGUCUCCGAUGUCCGCGCCGGUGGAGUAUGACUCCUUUGCUGUCGACUUGGAGACACCCAAUGCGGUUCCCGUUAAGAACAUCUUAUUUGCCAUUCGCAUUGCCUUGGAUGACUCGUUGGCCUCUGUUCUCGGUCAACUGCGAGUGUCCGAAGGAGGAAGGGUACCGCUGUCUUCGGCGUUGGACGUGGGAGCAUUGGAGGCUCUCUGGCGGGGCAAGCCGGACGUUCCUCCUAGGCUUCGUGUUUGUCUGCUGUCGCAGCCGGUGCGUGGGUGGCUGGAGGUUGACCGUAAAAACGCCAGCGUACCAGUUUGCAUAUCAGCGCACAGCUUAGAUCGCGUAGUCUAUGUGCAUGACGAUUCUGAGACCUUAGACGAUUCCUUUGGAGUUGGGCUGUUUUUGACAGCAACCGAAGAAGAUCACGGGGACAUGGCACUGCACAACAGUACGCUGAAAGUUGCGGUAGAACCGAUUAAUGAUAAGCCUUUCAUUUUAGAGACAACGUCUCCCGUGAUCCGCGUAACUAGAGGGUACAGGACGGCUGUCACUCGGGAGACUCUCAGGACCACCGACGAUGACGGGGCUCCUUCUCAAAUCAUGUACAAGGUCGUCAGACAAGACGAAACUCAGGCUGCAACACUUGUCCUGGGAGAUUCGGAUACAUCGAUAAAAAAUUUUACGCAGCAAGAUGUUGAUGAAGGAAGAGUACACAUAGUCCACAACGGAUCGCCAAAAUCACCAUUAACCUUUAAUUUCAUCGUCAGCGAUGGCGUUCACCCGACGAAGCCCUUCAUUCUCACAGUGAACGUAGAACCGGUUGAGGUCCGCAUCGAGAAUGCCACCAACCUCAUCUUGCAACAAGGUGAUCUCAGGGCAGUGUUAACUCCGGCGGUAUUCGGGGCCUGGACUAACGCCGACAGGGACGACCUGGUUUACAACGUCACCUCAGCGCCGCACCUAGGACACUUGGUGUUUCCUGACGGAGCCUCGGUGGAGGAUUUCACGCAAGGUGACCUCGAGCAAGGCCUCGUCAUCUACGAGCAGCAUGACCUAAGUGGCUCCACGGAUUUGUUUUCCAUCGCGGUGCGCUGCGGGCCCAGCGCAGUCGUCCUUCGGAAAGUGGAAGUCAACGUGGAGGCACUCGUCAGGCAACGACCUCUGCAGGCCAUGGCGGGCCGUGCAGUCUUGAUUACCGUGGAUCACUUAGACGCUUCUAAACUGGCGGCGCGGUCAAAUGGGAACCCCCGGUACAGUGUCACGCGGCAGCCCGUCCACGGCCUUCUGCUUCUGUCCAACGGCACCUCGCAGACGGCCGUUCUGCAUUUCACUCACGAGGACGUGUUGAACGAGACCGUCUUCUACCGAGCUCACCGGAGGGACCCCACGUUGGACGUUUCGGGUAUCAUCAAAGACCACUUCGACUUCGAACUGACGGCGCCGGGAGUCCAGCCCGGCAGCAGCCGCUUCCUUGUGCACGUCCAGGUGGGCAACGGUUCUCCCGGUUUAGCGGCGACACCGCCUCAGUCACCCACGGCCAUCGCCACGCCGUCGUCCCCCGCGGACAACACGAGCGGAACGACGUCGGACGAUCGUCCACCGGGCGUCGUCGAAACCGGUUCGCGGGCUCCGCUCCUGACUAACGAGCAUCUCGUGGUGAUCGGCGUGGCUGCCGGCGUACUUCUCCUGCUCACCGUCAUCGCCGUGGCGGGGGUAGCGUGCGGAGCGUGCCGCUCCAGGCGCGGCGGCAGCGACAAGUCCGGGGGCAGCGCGCAGUCGUCGUCGCGCGGCGGCAGCGGUCAUCCGCGAGAAGCCUUUCCCGAAGAACUGCCCACGCCGCCAGCCCCGCCGCCCACGUCUCCGUCGAGCAGCAGCAGCGAGCCUGCGCCCACGGUAGUGGCGGCGUCUGGCCCGGAUUUGGACUGCCUGCCUCCGCCGCCGUACGCGGGCGGGACAGGAGGCGGUGCGUCUAGCACAGAAGUCAGUACCGCGGUGCCCACGUGCAAGGUGACGCCCUUGGGACACGCCGAGGCGGCGAAGACACCUUCGGAAGGGGGUGCCAGCGAGAGCGACGACUGGAAUGGUGACGUGCGCUUCUCGGCACCCACGACUGUGCUCAGAAAGAACCAGUACUGGGUGUAGUCUGGAAGGGUAGUGUGAGCGCCGUCGCUUCCAACAGAGGCCUUUUUAACUUCACUCAUCGGCUCAUUCGCGUGCGUGCGUGCGUUCGUGUGAGUGUGUGCGCGUGUGUGAGUGUCCCCAGUGUCCGUGCACGCUGUUUAGGGGUGUUUUUACCUGGUGACAUGUACUGUGUACGGGCACUCGUGGUUCCUUCACCUUUACAAGUGCAGUUUAUUGUCCUUUUUUUUCACUCGACCGGCGGUCCUUCUUUCUUGUAAGCAGUGGAACGUUCCGGGUGGUGUGCAUGGUACGUCAGCUACAAGCGGCUGCAACCUGAACGUAUGACACACCUGGAGUUUCGACUUGUCACUGCCUUAUAAAAAAGUGCAAGGCAGACGUUUUUACGGUGACGGUACGCGAUUAAGGGAAGUGACGACGUAGCUGUUUUUUCACAAUUUCUAUAAUUGGUCAUUGCUUGGUGGAAGGAAUGUUUUUAUACGCAUCUCCGUCAUUGCUCAACAGUAAGCUUGAAGUCACUGGAGUCCUUUCGGCGACGUCGCGUUAAGCGAGUACAAUGUUCAGGCUCUCUGGCGUGUGUGAGCACGUAAGAAAAUCGUGAAAGGUCGUCUUAACGUAGCGCUGCGCAACAUUUACCUCAACAAAAUCGGGUGAGUAACAGCAGCACCCUCUGCAGUUGUUAUCGCCACUGCAGUAGCGACAGAGGUUGGAAUUCUUCAAAUAAUAAAGCACGCAGGAAUCGAUAGCUUCUAGCCAUGUACGCUGCAAGGUAUGACAUAUCCCCGACGUCUGCAACGUCAGCAAAGCACUUAGGCAUAUAGUUACGAAUUGCGCAAGUUUUGUUGCUUUCGUCAAUGCCAAUUUUACAGGUGUCCUCCAGUGACUUCAGUCUUUCUAUAGACACCAUCAUGUCGCGCUAUUCAUGAUGCACGGACGAUCAUAUUGUGCCGUUGAAACGGUGAUCUUUUUUCCUGUCAAGAAUUGCCGUGUUCAUCUACUAUUGCCACCUCGUCAAUGUUAUCCCUGUAAUCUCAAGUCUUCCUCCGCGUACACAUUCGGUGCCGUUCGAGCGGUGAGGUUUCCGUUUUUCUUUUUCUUUUCCGCCCUGCGAAUCGAAAAAGAAAGCAAAUUUGCUCACUCACUUUGCUUGUAGGCUUUACCGACAAAUUAUUUCAGUGACUCGUUGUGUAGUUCGUGUUAAUUUCCGCGCAUUCUUCAUUCCUUCAAUUUCGCAAGAUUCAAAUAUAGCCGCGUCUGGCCGCAUCUGAAUCAAUUCCCUUCGUUCUGCACAUUCUUGGUGCCCUUUAUGCUCGUCACAUAUGAAACCUCGCUGUUCGAAAGGCCACGUACUACAAACCCGCAGAAAAAAAUGCCUUCUAUGUCGUCGUUGUACACAGAAGCACUAUUUUGUUACGAACACUCACUGCAGAGGCUACUACGUGUUUCAGCGCUGCCUAACUCUUGAACGCGCGCGUGUGGCGCCAGAAUUUUUUGCAGGCGUAAUAGCGAAUAUAUAUAUGCACAGGCGACUAUAGUUCACUUUCUCAUUCACUGGAGUCGCCUCUCGUAUGCUUCGCAUUUUUUUUUUUUUUCAUACCCUUGUCUCUUCCUCUAGUGCACAUGCUAGAGCCGGUGACGGGGCUAAGGUAAAAAAUGCGAACGAUAAAGGCAGAUAACUGAGCAGGUUUCGACGCAUUCUAGUUAAAAGGUAAAGGCCGUGCGAGUAGAUUUGCUCGCACGGGCACGCGGAGCAAACAAGUGUUGGCGACAUACGCCCACUCCUUUGUGCAGUCGCCCUGCAGAGCGAUGAAUUGUUUUGUAUUUACGCAUUUCUGCAGCGGCAUCCAUAGAAACGAAGUAUUGGGAGGGGUUGACGGUGGCGGGUCUUUGGAAGCACGUCACGAUGGCGGGCGCCCUGAAACGUUCAAAUAGAAGACGCAAAAAAAAAAAAAAACGGAACGCUUUCGCACCACACCACUGUGGAUGAGUGAACACAACACGUUUUUUCGAGAGUAUUAUAAACCUGUCUUCUAUAAUAACAAAGCGAGCAAACUCAAGUCUAGAACAUCGCCUAUAUAUACUAACGGCGGGCAAAACGUACACCGUCUUCGCAGAACAAAGGAAUACGCAAAAGUAAUAUAGCAAAAGAAAACAAAAAACACGUGAGUCAAGGUGAAGAGCGCUUGUUAUGCAACGUCGGGUUACAGUAUCGGGGGAGCGACAAUUUUUCCUUACCUCGUUAUACCGAUGCGGGAGAUCACUAUGUGAAUGACACUGUACCACUCGCAGGUGUACAAUCGUUUCCUUCAUGCGACCUUGUUACGUGAUACGAGGAGGGAGAAACACAUCGAAUACCUUCACGGGCUUUGCAAAAGCCAAUUUCCAUGGGGUGUCAUAAUAAGAAUGCGUAAGAGAAAUUUGGCGGUAGUGCUUGCCCUCGCCGCUACUACGGCAGUUUACCCAGCAUAAACAUAAUGGGUACAAGAUGCGCGAAAUAUGAAUAGAUGGCACGUGAUAGACACAACAGACGCUUCGCCUUUUAGACUUCGAACAAUUAACCUUUUAGUGUAUUACUAUAACGUAAGGUCUCCGAAAACUCGUUGUGAAACCAUAGCCAGCCUCGUCUACCUUGAAUUUCUACCGCCUUACUGUUUUCGUGAACUCGCAAACAAAACUCACUUGAAGAAAAUUUUAAAAACUUGUGUGAGUAUCGUCCAGUACGCGUUUCUUCUCCUACAUUGCCGCUCAUUGUCGAAAUGAUGACAACAAUAUGACAGCCUCAAUCUGUGUCCCUUUAUUUAGUGACAGUGUUUAGCGCUCCUCCAAUGCAGUGCGCAAUCAGCCACACGCAAUGGCGGUGGUAUACAACUUCACAGGUAGUAAUCAACAAAUUUCUGGAACGAUUGCUUUCCUUUCUUUCUUUCCUUCUUUCUUUCUUUCUUCCUUUCUUUCUUUUUGCGUCUGAGCACAAAGUGCCUCCAAAUGACUGCAGAGCAUUAUUACGCCGACGUAAUAAAUCAGACACGACAUCGAAAAGGAAGUCGCAUAUAACAACUCGGCGUGUUUAUCAGAAGAGAGAGAGACAUCUUAUCGACAGGAAAGACAGACUGGUUGACCUGAGCUGGUGCGCUCUAAUAUUCCACAAUCACGCUUAUAAUUAGUAAACGGAGAGACACGUUAGUUUAUAACACGGAUCCGUUCGCAACCAGCAAAAUUCGGUCGUUUUUCUUUCUUUCAGCAAUGACAGCAUUUCUUUAUCGAAAAUACGUAACUUGGUAAUCCGUGCUUGCUAAAUCAGUCCCUAACUGUUCACAUUCCAUGAGGCAAUGAAACCUUGUUUUCCCAGCAUUAGAGCUAGCAGUGGCAUACCGUACUGACACGAAGCUCAAAAGUGCCCGUAUCAGCAAAAAAAAAAAAAAAGGAAACAAAAAUGAAGGUCCCGAAAGGCGGUUGACAUCGCGUUACCACAGUAAUGCAGGACGAUGAGCAAAACGAGAACAAAGCGAAAGCAGGAGCGAACGUUUCGACAAGUGGACUUGUCUUCUUCAAGGCAUCGAAGAGGUCUUCUUCACCUUGAAGAAAAGUCCACUUAUCGAAGCGUUGGCUCCUGCUUUCACUUGUUCUCGUUUUGCUCAUCGUCUUGAAUUUCCAUCUCCCGCCUUCCCCUAUUUUCCACAGUACUGCAGGUGAUGUAAAGAAGUAGGAGGGAUGUAAAGUUUAUUUUGCACUUCACCACAUAUGCAGUCGCGUAAGUAAACAUGCUUAUCCAAUCAACCAAAGGCUGGCAAUGCUCAGGUUCGCCUGAUGGCCGUGGCAGGCCGUUUUUUUUUUUUUUUUUUUAUAACCUUGUUCAGAACUUUCACGCGCGGUUGUGAGGGGAUGGCACAAACACUAGACGGCCGCAUGUCAAGCAUCAAGGCUAAUAUACGGACAAUUAAUACAUGCGUGUUUAGUUGUCACUUCAGUGACGCAUUCGAAGUUGGACAUGAUACUGGACUCCUGCUCCGUGGGGAACCUACGAUUUGAUGCCAGAUUUUGUAUGCUUGCGUUACUCGGAACGUGACAGCGCCUUCGUUAAAUACAUCGGUCUUCCAUAUAGCGGAAGUUAUAAUUACGAUGACACAAAUAAGAAGAUAAUUGGCACGAAGGCUGAAUUAUCUGACAACUGUCGAAGUUACCGUUUCUCUGACGGAAGUCAUCCCUUCCUUGCGAUCCUCAAGCACAUCAGUCAGCUUACACUGCCAUUUUCCUAGGUCAUCUAAUUUACCAGAGCCAGGUGUCUGCUUUUAUUUCUUGCCUUCUUUGUCGUUGCGUUCCCUUCCUUCCUUUUUCAAAUUUUGCCGAAAGUUGUCUGCAGGCUCCCUGGUACGCGCGCUGAAUGUGUUAGCAAACGACUGAGAAAGAAAAGGCACACGGGAACCUGCGCGAAUACAGGUGCACCUGUGACUUAUUUCCGCGAAACCGGCGCUGCGUUGUUGGGGAAUAGUGGGAAUAAGUGCUUCAAGGGGGAGCUUCACCAGCCAUAAGAUCUCUAGACGAUGUGAGAGAAGUACAAAGAAGUACUCAUCAUCAACGAAAAGUAAGCUGGCAAAGUUCUACCACCACUCAGCUCUGUACAAUACUCACGAGAUAAUAGGCGCCAGCAUUGCAUUAAAGCAAGCGACGUUUCGAUAAGACAAAAGAAAAACAGUGAAAGUACACCCCAAAAUGUUAGAGAGAUCUCUAACUUGAGGGACAGCGCGUGCAAGACUAACUGGCACCCAAGUGGUGCCAGUUAGUCCUGCACGCACUGCCGUGCAGUUUUAUGCUCAGGAUUUCGAGAAUUGCGGCGAGACCGAAAUGUGAUGGCAAAGGCAAGGGAGUUAAUCAGAAGGAAAUUUUUUAUUGCUGCUCUACUGUGAUAAGUGUGGGAAAAAGAAGAUGGGAAAAAUAGCGGAGUGAUUACAACGAGCUUUGUGUUUUGCCAGUCGCUCCAAUGAGUUAGCGUGCUCUGGACUCCUUAUUGUCAAAGAUCUUAAUUAAGCGGCUAUAGAAUAGGAUCUCGAUGUCUAAAGUUCUAAACUCGUAUAAUAAAAGAAAAGCUCGAGAUGGUAAACCGCUCAGAACCUUAGACAGCCGGUACCAUUGUACCACUGAAAUUACGACCUCUCAGAGCAAUAAUUUUGGUGAUAACUUCAAAUGAAUUAACCAGUUCUCCACAGAAAUCCCGUCAACAUUUGACACAAUUUGUAGCGAGUUAUCGCUUGGCACCAAACACGCCGGAAAAUUGCAGAGGUUGACCUUGCGCUUCUUUCGCGAACUGUGUAGUUAAUUAGGAAAGCCUGUUUUUCGUUAAUGGAUAUCUGCUCUGCCCACCGGAUGAUGCUAUAGGUGGAAAUACAAGGUGCUGUAAUCCACGAUGUGGUCAGUGAUGGCAGAAAUUGUUCGGUUAAUGGUGUGUUUGGUGUUUGGUUAAUGGUGUGUGUAAUGGUUAAUUGUUUGGUGUGUGGGAAUGGCUGACUAUGCUUAGACGUCGGUGGACGAAGAUUCAGGCAGACUUAAUAUAUAUGGCAAGCUUCUUGAGUGUAAGUUGCGGUUUCUUUGUCUGUGUGACCUUCUCUCUUCUCCAUCUGCAAUUUCGAGUAGGCCGGGUGGUAGAGAGUAACGCCUGCGUAGAGGCGCCGUACCAGCCGGGCAUCUCCGCAUCACGUACAAAGCAUCCAAUGCUGCGCUGGUCACGUGGGAUGGUUCCUGUCCCUUACUUCAUAAUGUUCUGUAAUGAUGCAUUUGCAAGCAAACUAACGUCGCGUACAAUGAAACCAGACAACUGUGGCUUUCGUAUUCAGGGAUACAACGUAAGGUAUCCUGAUGUCAAGAAUCAACGAAAUAAUGCGAACAACUUGAAGGGAAAUUCGAAAUCGUCCAACUACGUUGGAUUAUACCGCAAUAAGGAUGUCGAUAGACUCGCCAAAAAGGCCCUGAACGAAGGAAUUCAAUGCGCGAUGUCUAAGUCGGUUAUCCGGAAUAUUAGAAGGCAGGUGUAUACGCACUGCUUUGCGUAGAAGUGGUUCGACAGUGAUAAAGCGAAACAAUGAUUGUUACAUGAAAUUGACCCGCAAAAAGAAUUUAACGUAGAACCAAAUUUCCCACGACACACAUAUAAAUUUAUUCGCAGGCUUGGACUGGAAGUAGCAUAAAUGAAUAGCUUUCUGUACAAUAUAUGCCACCGCACGUCUCCUGAGGGAUGCUAUGGUCAUGAAAUUGAGAAUGCUUUUAACGUUAUUGUUGAGUGCUGAAAAUGCAGCUAGGAAAGAAGAAGGUUCGUGAAAAAGCUAGGAAGUUUGGAGGAGCGUCCCUUUCUAAUGCAAAAAUUAUUUGGAGCGUGGUUAGCUAGUCUUCUCCAGAAUAAGGCAACCGUAUUCUUAAAGGACAUUUUAGUAGACGCGAGUGACAUAACCAUUAAUGAUACGUAUAGUCCUGUUCAGUUAUAUAUGAAGUGAUGCGUCUAUGCUUUGUACUACGAACGGAAAUUUAACGGAGCUAUGUGUUUGGUCCUACAAUCCAUUUAUUACGUACCAAUGUAUAUACGGACCAUGAAGUGUGUAUAUUAUUCGGGUAGUGGCAUAAUGUCAGAGAACUCUCAAUUGCGAUGUUGUUAUCUUUAUUUGUUUCAUUUCAUUUGUUAUUCGUUUAUUUAUUUUAGCAUUAUCAUGCGUCGCUUUAUUCCUCGCUGCAUAACAUAGAAAAAUGGAGCAGCCGAUGUACUCUUUAUCUCUGUCUCUCCAAAGCAAUAUACCAAAACAAAUGGGUUUGUAUGCGUUCCCUACAUCCUAUAAAAAUUCUGCACUUCAAAAAAUAAUUGAGGGUAAAUUUCACGAAGCUCUUGUUUGUAAGAACUGUUCGACUUUUGCCGGUUUCCUUCUAUAAUAUUGUGUUCCCUAUCAUGGUUGGCUGGUUCCUGUCCUUGCGAACCCUUUAGCAUACGAAACGAUUUAUGAACACGGGCUCAAAUACCAGAACUUGGUCGACGAACGCGAAUUGUUGCACCGUUUUCUUGAACAGCGCCCAGGAAUAUGACUUUUGUACGAUGCUCGAGUUUCACUGCCCGCAUUUUCUAUGUUUGUCUGUCUGCGCUCGUGCGCACCUACGGCGGCGUCGUGUCGGGUUGAUGCCGUACUUCGAUAAAAGAGAACGGUUGUGGCCUCUUUUCGCCUGCAAAGAGGUCAGAUUAUGUGCUUGUGAACCACGUUAUCUACGGCACCAUGCAACAGCUUCAAACUUUAGUUCUUAAGUUCCGUCGUACCAAGAGGCUGUACGUCGGGAAUCACGUUUUCUGGAGACAAGGUGGUCAUGAAUAGAACUUGACCUGACGGCACUGUAAGCGCCUGCAAGGAAUGUACUACAUAUGCAUCUGAUUACAGUUCGCAAACCCGUGACGUUGUCUGCUUGACGUUGACGAGGCGCUGUAGCGAUGAUUCCUGCAAUGUAACGUUGAACGAACGUGAUUAUAGGUCGCAGCAUACACUGCCAAGGCAUUACCGGAUACUAACUAACUGGAUGUUCUCGGAGCUCUAUGCAUAAUAGCGUACUGUGAGAAAGGUCGCCAGUCGUUUAACGACUCCAUAAGCUAACACCAUGAUUUCCGGUGUUACUGGGUACCGUUUCUCGCGAUAGAGUGGCGUGCGCAAUACGAAUGGUCGCGUAAGUCAUGUUGACAGCUUGUUUCAAUACUAGCGUAGAUGAGUUACCGUGUUAGCCAUGUUUAUGCCGCUGAUAUCAAAUGGCAUUUGAGUCAGUUAUUUCUGUUAUUUGAUGGUUGUUAGGAAAAUAAAUUUAGGUGAUUAUAUUGGCUACAAAGUGCACGAAAAGCGUAUUUGUCUUUGAGCUGUACUUUGGCUGAUCGCCUACCGAAAGAAAUCUGCUUGACAAAUAGGCAGUGCAUGGGCAAGCAAGGACUAUUCGUGUCUUUUGAAAACAAAUGAAGACUCCGUAGGCUCACUGAACAUGCAUAGAGUGAGGCAAACGGUAUGGCCUUUAUGAAUGUUAUUGUUUUGCCUAUUUUCUUGUAUACUAUCUCCUGCAACCAUUUUAUUCCUUUCGUUACAUGACGGACAAAAAUUUUAAUGCGUAGGCUGGCAUGUUGAGUGAAUAUAACACCAAUUUUAUUUGACCUUACGGUAAGGGAAUAACCGGCCUAUUCGUGUACUGGGCCUUCGAGGCCAAAGCUGACAAAAUGACAAAACAAAAUGUAUCAUCGUGUUUUUCACCAUUCGUCAAGGCCAAACGGUACUUUGUAGUGAGAAAAACUUGCUUACGAAGGGGAUAAAAACAGCGCAAAGGACAGGACGAAGCCAGCGACGUUCACGGCGUUGUGUACGUCGUCCAUGCUUUCGUCUUGUCCUUCGCGCUGUUUUACCCCCUUCGUCAUGAACCAACCAGCCCAAUUCAGAACACUCCUGCAAAACUUGUUUCGCUAACUUUUCUUCCAAAUUGGAUACUCAGUAUGCCACUUAGGAGUUCAUGUCUCGGCGAAAUGAACAGAAUGUGUUUAGUGUGUGACUCGUGCGUCUUUUCUAAAGCCACGAGUACACGAUAUCACUUGUCAAUGGCCACGUGAAUCUGUGGCUUAACCACGCAUUGUAUACUCUCGUUAUUUUUUUUUUUUGUAACGCAAUGCUUUAUCAAAGAAAUGGUUUAGGUGAAUCUAAAUGACCCACCAGACCUUCCCCUAAUGUUGAUAUUAGGUUGCGUAAUGCAUCUAGGUCCAGCUGCCACAAGAUUGGCUGAUCAGAGCGCCUGAGUCAGAAUGGCGAUAAUGGGCAUUUCACUAAAAGAGAGUGUUGAAAACCGUGGUUCACAUGAUUGACACCUCCGAAUACCGUGAUAAGUGCGACCUUUUAUGAGUCUGUGUCUUUAGUUACGUUUUCCUGUUAACUCACGUGACUUUCAUUUUCGUAAAUCUUGGGACCACGUACGGACAAGCUGGAGGAUGGAAGACUCGUGUUGUUACGAAUUAACGGUUACAGCAAGUGCGGUUGUGCCUGCAUGUCGGUUCAUAGAAAGAUACCAUUCAAGCUUACGUUCAAAAACUGCUCUUAGUUAAUUCCAAUUUGUACCGGUAAGUCAUUCAAAUUGCUUUCGGAAAUGCGUUACUUGCAACCGGGCAGGAUCCAAACUUAUCACUGAAAACGAGGCUGUCUUAUCUGUCCCUGGAAGCCGCGGCUUUCUUGCGUAACGCAUUGAGACGCGAACGUAGCUCGAGCGUUGGGCUACGCUGUUAUCUGUGUUGUUGCUUGUCGCCCAAGAAGUAUGCACCGAACGCCGCUGAACUUUGUAUGUUGUGAGUGUACUGCUAGACGUGGCAGACUUGUUGGCUUGCCGGAAAGGCCACUACCCCUUUGCGUUCUUCUUGCUGUUCGACCGAUGGCAGGGGUGGGACCAUUCGGGCUUCCUCACUGAAAUAAAGGCCUUUUUUCCACUGGUUUUAUCAAA